AAGAAAUCAGUCAUAGUUUGUCAAGUGUUAUAGUCAACUGUACUAAAGGAACAAAGAUAUUUGUAGUAAAAAACAAACACAAAUAUCGAAAUGAAAGGUUUUCAAAUAUCAUCAGGAGUUAUCCUGCUCAUGACUGCCGGUUUCUUAAUGCAGCAAAUUGUUAUGGUAUCAUCAGCCGACGUGGACAUGACUGCGACUUGUGCGCUUAUGUCCGAAGGUUUUAUUGCUGAUCCCAAAUCGUGUCAAGGAUAUGGCUACUGUAAAGGGGGUAAAUUAAGUGGUACUGGUAGCUGUCCCGCUGGCUAUCUGUACAAUGCAAGGCAUGGUGUCUGUGAUGAUCCGGCAAAUGUUGUAUGCAGCGACGUUGAUACCGCUUGCAAGUAUGCCGAUGAUCAAACGUUUGUUGCCGACCCCAAUGAUUGCUCUCGCUAUUGCUAUUGCAGUAAACAAAAGGCUGAGUGCACAUCAUGCCCCAAAGGACAAGUAUUUGACAGUAGAGUCACGAGGUGUGUGUAUGCCUCAGCUCCAGGAUUUGUAUGCCAGGCUGAUUCGGUUUGUCGUUUGGUGCCCAAUGGUGUAUUUUUAGGUACUACAACGUGUGGGAAUCAAUACACUGGAUGUCUUAAUGGCGUGGGCACUACAGCUACUUGUCCCAAAGGUUUAUUUUAUAAUACACAACUUGGAGGGUGUCAAAGUGAGAAUCCUUGCAUUGGUGGUAAUCCAGUGGGCGGUGGUCUGGGAGUUAAUGGGGUUGCCCCACAGACCCCAAUUCCAUGUGAAAAAGCAACUAGUGCUACUCCAGAAAAACCACAAUAUGUUACAGAUCAGGCAACAUGUAUGGGUUAUUUUGUCUGCACUGGAAUCAAUGAUCCUGGUAUUUGGACCAAAUGUCCACUUGGUUUACACUUUAAUGAUGGUGAAUGUGUCACCCCUUAUACAUUUGCUUGUCAACAUGACCGUUGUGGUAAUAUGAAUGUAACCUGGGUUGGCGCUAUUAACACGGAAUGUAAAAACUUCUUAAUUUGUAAAGAUCAAACAUCUCAAGGCCUAGUUAAUGGAUAUGAAGUUUAUACUGGUAUACCAUGCCAACAAAAUUAUUUCUUCAAUGAAUAUACACAGACAUGUAGCAAAGAUAGCCCCAAAUCAACAAAUUACAAACUGUGCCCAUGAGACCAAAUUGAACUCACAAAUAAAUAUCUAAUUUUUUUUCCGAAAAUGUAAAAACAAAACAAAA